UUAAUUCGUUGCUGCGCCGCCGUCGUCGUGAGUUCGCCAUCAUCAUUAUUUUCGGAGGCAUAUUGCUAGGAUAACAUUUGAUUUUGGAUUCAGUUGUAAUUCUACCGUUCGCAGGCACUGGUUGCUCCGUUUCCACGCCAUCCAGCAUCCAGCAUCCGUCCUUCGAUUCGAUUCCGGCCACAGCCAUCGCAACCCAAACCUGUUUGUCGCUUACAAAUACAAAUACCACCCACUGGAGCAGGACAAUUCUGAAUGGAGCGGUUGCCUGGUCAAGGAUUUCACUUUCGCUUUCCGAACUGAGUUGCUGGCCAGUUGCCAGAAGCAACCGGGUGACUUCUCCACUUACGAAACUAAGCAUUGGCGUCUUCGAUUUGCAUAUUUGAACUUGCAACUGUUCGUCGCCGUUUUUAAACGAUAUUACAGAAUCGUUGAAUGCCUUCUAUAUGGAUAGUAGUUCUGGAACUCUUCUAAUCAUAUUUCCUACGUUGGAUUGAAUUUUAUAGAGUUGGAUUCUCACAAACUUUAAUACUCGGAUACUUUCAAUAUGAGAUGGGUUUCCUAACUCUGGAUUACAAAUCUUCAAGCUUACAUCUCUGGACUUCGAACCUAUGAACUUGAAUUUUAUAUUUCAUUUUAGAAAAAAGUUGUUUCUAUUUGUUGGAACCUAAAUUCUCGAGUUCGAAUUGAAAAAAAAUCUUUAAAGGUUCAAAAACUAUUCGAAAUUAGUCAAAAGCUUAAAAGGCAGAUAUGCAUGGGUUUUCAAAUGAAAGCGAGAGCUUUUCUAAGCCUAACCAGUUUGAAGUCGUCACCGGAAUCAUCUGAAGUACCAUAGGACACCCACCCGGACUAGGGGCCACCAAUUCCAGCAGCCCACGCUCCACUUCCGGCCAAACGAAUGCAUUCGCGGUACGGCUUUGACUGCCAGACGCGCCAUUACCAACAACACCAGCAGACGCACCACCAGCACCACCACCACCACCACCCAACCGCGCCGUGCAGCAUUCCGUUGGAGUCGCCGCCAACGCCGCCAGUGAUCAGCCCCAGCGCCGCUGCUGCCGUGGCCUAUUCGAAUCUCCUGGAGAAGUGCCGCUGCAAGCAAUCCGUGGCCGCCAAUCCCGUUCCAGCACCACCCGCCCAGCUCCAAUUGCAGUUGCACCACCAUCAUCACCACCAUCACCACCAGACCUUCGUGGCCAGCGCCAGUGCAACCAGCUACAGCAACUGUUCCGCACUUGGAUUGGGUUCGAGAACGGGAUCGGGAUCGGGAAGUGGAACCGGAUCCACGCCAUCCACUUCCUCGUUGGCAAACUCGUCUUGUGCCGCCGCAACGAACAUUUCGGGGGGAUCCUCCAGCACCACCAUGUACCACCACCACCAUCGACGCCACAAUAAUUUGUCCUACUGCGGUGUUUCGGGCCAGGAGCAGAACUACCAAGUGCAAUAUGUGGACUCUGAGCUGUACCAUAGCAACUCCAGCCAGACGCAAAUGACGUAUCCGUUCUGCCCGGUGGGGGACUACCAGGGCAACGGCCAGACGGCGUACUACUCGACCGCGGGUCAGUACGGAGCCACCUCGUCGGCCGGAGGCUCCUCGAACGGAGCUCACUCCACGACGCUGCCGUACCUGGUGCCCGUGGAGGAGGGCAUCCUCCUCAAUGGCUCCGCACACUCGCUGUCGCAGUCGCAGUCACAGUCGCAUGGACGCGAUUCGCCGCACAGCCUGACGGUGAGUAGCAGGGAUUGGGAGCGGGAUGCGGACCGGGUGAACGGAACUAAUCGCCACUGGGUGCAGGAGGUCGCGUACAUCCAGGAGGCGCAGAGCACGCCCCAGACGCCCACCUCGACGACCACGACCCAUUCGGCUAGCGGCGGCAGCCUGGGAACGGGCGGCGGAGGCGCCUCCCCGGAUUCCGACCAGAGUGCGCUCGGCAGCAGCAACAAGAUUGCCUCGGCAACGAUCAAGUGGCUGUCGCGCAACUACGAAACGGCGGAUGGGGUGAGCCUGCCCAGGAGCACGCUGUACAACCAUUACAUGCAGCACUGCAGCGAGCACAAGCUGGAGCCCGUGAAUGCGGCCAGUUUCGGCAAGCUGAUACGUUCCGUGUUCUCCGGACUGCGCACACGUCGCCUGGGCACGCGCGGCAACUCCAAGUAUCACUACUAUGGCAUCCGCAUCAAGCCCGGCUCGUUGCUGAACAGCCAGGCGAUGGACGACAAGCAGAUGCUGACCGCCGGCUACGGACCAUCCUCGGACGGAUCCGGCGGACCGGGCAGCGGACCGAUGGUCAGCGUCACCAGCAGCACUGCCGGACAGCUGGCCGGCUCCAAUGGAUUGGGCGGUGGCCAUGGCCAGCGACACAGCAACGGCACCAAGAAGCACACCUUCAAGCCGGAAACCUACGAGGCGUGCAUUCAGUACAUCGGCGAUGGAACCAGUGCUCUGCCCUCGUUUCCGCCCAUCGAGCUGAACCACAGCUUCAACAGCGAACUGACCCUGGAGGACGUGGACACCUUCCGGGGCCUGUACCGGGAGCACUGCGAGUCCUUCCUGGACGCCGUACUCAACCUGGAGUUCAACACUGUGGAGUUCCUGCUGCGCGACUUCUGGCGGGCCAGCGACAACAACAAUCUGGACGAGUGCGAGGAGGAGAAGUACUUGAGCAAGACGAAGCUGUAUCUGUUGUGCCACUGCGCAGAAGUGCAGAAGUUCGUGCGAGAGGUGGACUAUCAAUUCUACCAGAACACCGUUGAUGUCAUCAUACCGGAUGUGCUCCGCUCCAUACCAAACGCCCUGACCCAGGCCAUUCGUAACUUCGCCAAGAACCUGGAGAUCUGGCUGUGCGAGAGCAUGCUGGGCGUGCCGGAGCAGCUGGCCCAGAUCAAGACCAGUGCCGUCUCGGCAUUCUGCCAAACGCUGCGGCGCUACACCUCGCUAAAUCACCUGGCGCAGGCGGCUCGAGCAGUGCUCCAGAAUGGUGCCCAGAUCUCCCAGAUGCUAAGCGAUCUCAAUCGUGUCGAUUUCCACAAUGUUCAGGAGCAAGCUGCCUGGGUGAGUCAAUGUGCGCCCGCCGUGGUCCAGCGCUUGGAGAGCGACUUCAAGGCCGCUCUGCAGCAGCAGAGCUCCCUGGAGCAGUGGGCCAGCUGGCUGCAACUGGUGGUGGAGUCGGCCAUGGAGGAGUACAACGGGAAGCCGACUUAUGCCAGAGCCGCCCGCCAGUUCCUGCUAAAGUGGAGCUUCUACAGCUCUAUGAUCAUUCGGGACCUGACGCUGAGAUCCGCCUCCAGCUUCGGAAGCUUCCACCUGAUUCGCCUGCUGUUCGAUGAGUACAUGUUUUACCUGGUGGAACACAAAAUCGCCGAGGCACAAGACAAAACAGCCAUUGCGGUCAUUUGUGAAAGGAUGAAAAAGGACAUGGACUUUGAGUUCGAGUGCCAGUUCGCCUACAUCACCAGCGACACGGAGCACCAGACGACUCCGAGCUCGGCCAGCAGUGGAGGCGACGUGGGCAACGAGGCCAAGCGACUGAAGCAGGAAUGAGGCCCCGAGAUUUGGAUGUCCAUGUGGAUGCAGUGGCUGGCAUGGAGCAGCAUAUUCGUAGUGUUUAUGUAACCAGUAACCGUUGACCCCAUCAGUGUGCACCCCCAGCCCCUGUCGUCACCAGUCAUUCAGCUCUGCAUUUAAUAAUGGAACCGUGUUGUAUAUCCGUAAUCGUAUCGUAUCUGUGUGCUAGUUUAUAGCCCUAAGUUCCCUCACAACCAGCGUAGUCAGUCAAAAUUUUAGUCGUUAGUUUUAGGCAGGAUCCUUACUCAUAUGCAGUAAAAGAUCUUUUGGACGGGCACUUGCGAAAUUGGAAAUGUCAUGAUAUUGUUUAGUUUUAACCAUUUACAAAGAUUUCGUUUCUACAUUUAAUACAACUUCUGUUGGAGAUUAGGAAAACUGUUCACUGAAAGUAUGUUUUCAGAGUAUAUUACUUUUGCUUUAGUAACUAAACCAUCGUUUUAUGAUAUGGGUCUUAGCUUGUUGACCGCCCAAGGGAGCUUUAACUGGAAUUUGUCGAGUGUUGGACUGCCCCCGCAUCGAAGUGAAGAGCCGUCCAGAGAGCAAGCAAGUUGAAAGCCAGUGCGGCAGCAUCGUCUGGUCUUGUCUGCCCUGAUCUGUAUUCGUAGGAUACGUUUUAGUUUAAGUACAUGUGCAUUAAUAAUUGUAAUCAACUGUCUACGAUAACGAUGGGUUUGGAGGUGGCAUCAGUUUUGUCUGGUUUCAACAAACGAUCUUGUAUAUCAUAGCGCACGGCGCACACCACACACAUAGUCUUAGCACCCACACGCGCACUCAGAGGAAUUAGUCAGGAAGCAUAUAUAGAUUAUAGCGAAGGAACACAGCUCACAUCGAACAGCUUGCUCAAGUUCAAGUUCAAGUUCUAGAGGAACGAACACCCAGCUCAAAACUCAAAACACAAAACGCAAACCUAAGCUAAGUAAACAACAGGCCUUAAAUGUGCAAAGAUGAACACUCAAUUUUGAAACAAUACAAUUUACCAUACCUAUAUAUUAAUUAUACAUAUAGAUUCAUAAACGUACGUGUAUGUAUAUUUUAACUACAAGGAAUCAUUUUAUUACGAAACAUGUAUUUUAACAGAGGCGCUUAUCAGAGUAUUUUAUGCCAUUUUGGAUAAGAGUACAAGCAGCUAGCGAAACGGUUUUUUUAAGUCAACUAAUGGGUAUGCGGUACGCAGGCCACGAACUGCAUCGGUACCCAACAGUCUAGUCCUAGAAAGCACACAUCUGAACUAUAUGCUCUGUACGGCCCAAGAAACCGACGAUAAUUACCAGCAUUUCCUUUGUGGGAACUGGUUUUGCUCUAAUUGCGAAAUGCUUAGCUAGCAUCUAAGUUCUAUUGGUUGUUGAAAAAUAAAAGUAAUUUGAAAACUGAAAUUUUAAAAUGUCAAAACUAUUUAUGUAUGUGAAAUAAAAAUGGUCAAUGAAAUAAUAAAACACACUUUUUUAUUGCAUAUCAACUAUUCUCAAAAAUCAAAAAUCUCAGUAGCUUUCAAAAUUUGUUACAAACCUUCAGUGUUUUGUUUCGAAAGUACAUGGUAAUAAUACAACAUUUGGUGUAAUUUUAUUAUAUUUAUUUUUUUUUGGUUUCAAUUUGUUUUUGUCAAUUGAUUUUCUAACAACUCUAUACAAAAAUUGUUUUUCUUAGCUUACAGAUUUACAGAGCUUACUUAAGGAUUAAAUACAAUAUUGUAGUGCUAAUUAGGUGCUUAUAUUACAACAAAAAAUGCAUGAAUGUUCCUGGUUCGUAAAUGGAAUUGUUAAAUGCGCAAGCUAAGUCGAAGCAUCACAAAAGAAAAGGG